AUGAAAAGGGUUUAACAAUGAAUUUAUUGUUGUGAACAUUUAAUAUGAUCAGUUAAUCACUAAUUGUAAUUAGAAUGCCUUCAUUCCCUUAUUACUGUUGUAAUUUCAUUUGAUUGUUGAUCAAAUUUUGAUUUCAGAAAAAUUAAUUUACUCAAAGUUACCGAUAUUUUUUUUACCAUGUUGAUUGUUCAAAAUGAUUAAGACCGAAUUAGUUUAUUCAAUUGGAAUUAUUUGCUGAUUUAAUUGAUUUAAUUGGUGAUUGAUUUUCAAAUUUUUGUUCAACUUUUCCAUAAAUUGUUUCCAAAUAUGAAUUUAAUUUGGAUCGGUUUAAUUGUUAUCAUCACAAAGCCCAUUGGAUAUAAAGCUAAAGGUGAAAAAGGAGGCGGUGGUGGGGAUAUAAUCAUCAUUGGAGCGGGAGGUAUGAGUGGAGGUGGUGGAUCUGGAUGGGGAGGCGGUGGUGGUGGUGGAUGGUCUAUGGAUGGUGGAGGAGGAGGGAUGCCGAUGAUGGUAAUUGAUGGAGGUGAUGAUGAAGGAGAUAAAAAGGAAAAAGAAAAGAAAAAAAGUAAAGGUAAAGGUAAAGGCGGCGGAGGUCCAACGAUAAUUAUCAUCGGUGGUGGUGGAGGCGGUGGUAAAGGAGGAAGUAGUGGCGGUGGUUGGGGUGGUGGUGGUGGAGGUUGGGGAGGAGGAGGAGGAGGUGGUGGCGGAUGGGGUAUGCAAAGUGGAGGUGGUGGUGGUGGUGGAGGCUGGGGAAUGAGUAGCGGUGGUUGUGGUGGUGGAUGCUCAUCUGGUGGGAUGCAAGGUGGUUGGGGAAUGAGUAGUGGAGGUGGAGGGGGUUGUGGCUGUGGUGGAUCAUCAAUGGGUCAAGUACAAUAUGUUCCCAUUCCUGUUCCAAUGAUGACUAAGAUGAUGUCUUCAUCUGGAUGGGGUGGAAGCAGCGGCGGAGAGUCAAGUUCGACUGGCUGGAGAUCAGCAGCCAGUAUGGUACGUCCAUCUGUCUGGGGUUAAUUUCCAGUUAAUUGUUUAAAAUGAAACAAUUUAAAAUUUUGCCACCGAUUAUCAUCAAUCGUAAAAAGAUGUCAACUAGGAAAUUUUUUUCAUUUCUAAUUCCAAAUGUACAACAAUUAAAACUCAUUCACUUAAUCAAAUUAACAAAUCUAACACCUUAUCCACACAAUCAGCAAACUCUCAAUCCCAACAAUUAAAUUUUGUAUAUUUGCCAUUUACACCUUGAUAUAUUAUCACAUUUUAAUUAAUCGCCAACAUUCAAAAAAUUAUCACCACAAUUGAUUGAUGUAAAUCAAUGUUCAAUUAUCACUUUUCUCAACCGAAAGAAAAAUGAAACUUCAAUUUCAAUGAAAAAUUUAAUAAAAUAAUUAAAGUGAACUGUUAUUAACCUUAAAGGGUUCGGUAAAAAAAUAACACAAAUUGAGUAAAAAUUGGAAUUCGAAUUCGAAUUGAGAUCAUUGAGUUGAUUUAUCACUUGAACCACAAUCGAGUGUUAUUCUUUCUCGUUGAUUGUCUCAAAUGACAUCUAACUUGUUUUCGAUUACAAUUUAUCGUUGUGGUCCUCGAAACAAGGCUCCAAUUAGUCCCCCUCCGGAUUUCAUUAGUGUAGGUCCAAAUGCCAUCGCUGUAAUGCGGUCCUUGAAUCUUUCGUAGUUUUCGGGUUUUUUGGAUCCUGUUCCCAUUGCUAUGGCAAAGGUCUUUAAGUCCGCGUCAGGGUCAUUAGGAUCUAGCUGAGCGGUUCUCUCUCUGAGUUCUUCCUCAUCUAUCUUUUGGGAAUUUUCAAUAUGUUCAGGAGAGAGAAUAUAAUAACCUUCGUUCUCAGGAUCUGGAAUGAAGAUUCUUUUAGCUCUUUGUUUAUAAUCCAAUACGCCACGAUGAGCAGAAACCAUUCCUCUAACUCUUUCCUCAGUGUAUUCCUCUUGAUCCUCAUCUUUGGAUGUGUUGAGACACUUUGUUAGAGAAUCAUAAUC